AUGUCAAGCCGAUUUUCUCUCAAAUUAGACUUGACACUCCAAAUGGAAGAUAUGGCAAAUGCUGACGACGAUGUUGAAAGGGUUUCAGACGAGGUGGCAAUGGCAACGGCUGUUCGGGGCAGAGUUUUGGAAGAUGGGGAUGUUGCAGGUAAAACUAUGAAUCCAUACACCUGCAGCAUUCCUAUGGAGAUUCACACAAGUAACGCUGGUGAAAGUGCGGAAGAAGAGCACAAUGAGGAAGAUGACGCAUUCCUCAAUAUGCGACUUGGAAGACAAAAUGAAGCUGAGCUUUCAGUAGAUAAGGAGUAAAUGUUGGCGAGCCGAAAAUAUGGAACCAGUAUAUGUG